AUAAAAAUUGUCUAUCAAAACAGCGAACAGUAAACACUAUUAACAAUCGUAAUAAUGAUUUCUUAAACAUUCAUAUAAAGAUUUACACACUUUAAUGUAUUCAAAUACAACACUUAUAGCCUUCAAAUUGUAUUGAAAUGUCUUUAGUUCUUCCAUUGAUUGUUACAGCUUUAUUCAUCUUCAGGGGUGCAAUUGAAAGUGGUUCAACAGUGAAAUGUGAUGAUCCAAUUGUAACUACUGAAUAUGGAACCAUAAAAGGAAAUCGCAAAAAUGAAUCUGGUUUUGUGUUUGAUGAAUUUCUUGGUAUACGUUAUGGUAAGAUUCCAGAGCGAUUCAAAUUUUCUCGAGUGAAUGAAGAAAAGUGGACAGGAAUUUUGAAUGCAACUGAUUAUGGACCUGAGUGCAAACAAUUAAGAAGCCCAAAUAGCGUUGAAGAUUGUUUAUUUAUCAACAUUUGGAGACCUUUAAUUUCCAAUAAGGAAACUCGAUUACCAGUCUUUCUUUGGGUUCAUGGAUCAGGAUUUCAAAUUGGAUCUGGAGCUCUAAAUCCUGGUAAUAUGUUAGCCUCUUAUGGUAACAUGAUUGUGGCCACGAUCAACUAUCGUCUUGGCUCACUGGGUUAUGCCUUUGGUGAUUUAGAAGAGAUGCCAGGCAAUCAAGGAGUUAGUGAUGUGACAACAGCACUUUACUGGGUCAAUGAAAAUAUUGUCCACUUUGGCGGUGAUCCUGAUCAAGUCACUCUUGCUGGCCACUCAGCUGGUUCAAUGAUAGCUUCGUUACCAACUUUACUCAGAAGUGAGCGUCCUUGGUCACUUUACUCUCGCCUGUUGUUAUCAAGUGGAGUCUCGUAUGGUCCGAUGUUCAUUGAAGACACUUCAAUCAGUCUUGCUAAGACUAAGCUCUUAGCAUCAAAAGUUGGUUGUGGCUCUGCUACUCCGGGACCGUUAACAAGUCAAACCAUCUCUUGCCUACGAACAGUCAAUGCUUCAGUCCUACUUGAACACAAAGCGACCAUCAAACAGAUCGGUUCUUCUGACGUUGCUGCCUUCUUUCCAACUUGUGAUCGUGGUACCAUUAGAAAUUUUUUCGACCCUUUCUUGAAACCUUACUACACCCAUGAUAUCAAACCGCAAAUACUCUUCUACUUACAAAAGGACGAAACAUCUUACAGUUCAAUUGAUUUACAGCCCACUUCAAAGGCUGAAGCUUACCAAAUGGCUUGGGAUAAGUUGUCUUUCAUCAAGAAAGACUUGACUCAAUUGCAAAUGCAACCUUUCUUUGAAUACUAUUUCAAUGACACGAGGGAUAAUGACAAUAGAUCACUUCGAUCAGCCCUUUCCGAAUUCCUCAAUGAUCAUACAUUUAGAUGCACUUCAUUAAUGUUAGCCCAACUUUAUUCAACCAACCCAGACAAUAGCGUACGAUUUGCUGAAUUUCGAUACAUUUUGGAUAAAUAUGGACAACAGAAUAGACCUGAUGGUGCUUGGCAUGAUGAUGUAGUCGAACUGUUUUUUGGUGAACCUUUUAGAGGCAACAAUUCAAACUCCUAUUCUAAUCAAGACAGGAAACAAAGUUUACGUUUAAUGAAAUCAUUGGCUGAUUAUGCUUAUGGCAAGGAGCCUGAUAACUGGCCUAAGUUGCAUUUUGAUUACUUGAACCCAGAAAAGGAACCAAUUGUUCGCGAAAUUAAUUUUAAAGACAGAAACGUUGAGUAUUCAAAGCAACACAUUUGCCUUGAAUGGUCAAAGCUUCUCGAUUAUGAUAUCACAAAUUAUAUUCAUCCUUAAAAACUUGUAAUUGUUGAUCACUUGUAAUAUUUUUCAACCAACUUACAUCAAUUAUUUGUCGCGAUUCAUCGAAAGGAAUUUGUUUUCUUUGAUUAAAUUGCUCAAUUGAUUAUAUCAAAUAUGGGUUAUGAACAUUCA